GUCAAGGAAAAAAAUGUCGAGCGAAAUGAUCACAGUGCAAUAGUCACAUUAUAUUCAAAAACGAAACGAACCAUCAAUUCCAUACCAAAGUUCGUAGAAAAAGAAAAUUUUUCCUUCAUAAAUAAUAAAGUUAGUGAAUCAAUAUCAUGGAUGAAUACACGAGGGAACCUUGUCCUUGGAGAAUUUUAGACGAUUCUGGUGGUGCUUUUAUAAUGGGGGCUAUCGGAGGAGGCAUCUUUCAUUCUAUUAAAGGUUUUAGAAACGCUCCUAUAGGAUUUAAUAGGAAAAUGCUUGGCAGUUUAGCAGCUAUAAAAGAGAGAUCCCCAAUUGUAGCAGGAAAUUUUGCUGUUUGGGGAGGCAUGUUCUCCACUAUUGACUGCUCUUUAGUAUACCUGAGACAGAAGGAAGAUCCAUGGAAUUCUAUUAUGAGUGGUGCUCUUACUGGAGGUAUCCUUGCUGCUAGAAAUGGUGUACCAGCAAUGGCAGGGAGUGCCCUAGUAGGAGGGAUACUUCUUGCUUUGAUUGAAGGCAUUGGUAUUAUGUUCACUAGACUCACAGCAGAGCAGUUCCAUCCACAGCAGCCAAUAUUCGAGGACCCAUCAGUUUUAGGACAGAGCCAGGGACAAAGCCAAUCAUUUCAAUAGUUAAUGUUAGGAUUAGAUUACAGUCUUAAGUCAUAUUGCUCAAAGGUUAAAAUAACCAUCGAUUGAAAAAAUAAUUCAUCAGUAAAUCAUAAUUAACUAUAACAUUUGUUGUAUCAUGACCUUAAUAAUAUUUCUACAAAUAUGUCUGUCCUAUCUGUGUACUUUUGCAAUGUUCACUUUCAUAUUUAAUUUAACUGCAUUGUUACUUGUCAUCGUAACAAAUACAUUUUUAAGUACUUAAGACUGUAUUAUAACUAAAAGUUGUGUCUCAGUUUCGUGAGACAUAUAGUUAACCCAUUCUGAUUUGGGAUUGAGUGGAUUAUUUGCAUCUGUGAUAUUUUCAGUUCCAUACUGAUAGCCAGUAAUUUCACUCUGAAAUUUUUUUUUCAUCUAAAGUUUCAAAACUUUUUUGUUUUAAUUAAAUACAAAUUAUAAUUGUACUUUUAUUGAAUAUUGUGUGAAUGAGUCACUUCACUUAAUUAUUUGUUUCCAUGAAGUUGGAGUGAUAUGUGUUCUAAAUGUAGCUUGAAAGAGAGUCUUGAUCUGAAGAAGUUUAUUACUCCGUCUUCUUACAGAUUAACUUUCUGAUGGCAUUAAAAAAAUGAACAUAAUAUUCAAUAGAAGCAUGUGAAAACUGACCUUAUUUAAAUAAAGUAAUUUUCUUUC